AUGCUGAGUGCAAUGGAUAAUAGAGGCUCCACUGUUCGCUCCCCUGCCAGCGCGGGGAGGCGCUACGUGGCCCACAGCGCCUGCUCACCUGUCAAGAGCAACCUCGUCGAGGAAAACCUGAUCGAUUUGUGCGACGGCGGGGCGGUCGUGUCAUCGCAGCCCCUGAGCCUGACCUCGAGCGGCAGAUGGCCCUGCGCCUCGGCCGCAUCUGCGAGCAGGAUGAGAAGGACAGUUAAUACGUCGGAGGAACGGGAUCACACCCUCGCCUCGUUCACACCGAACCGGCGACCACGUCGGAAAUCGGAUGCCUCGGGGUCACUGAGUAGCUCCGCAUCGAUUCGGAAAUCUCUGGAGCUACAAAGCAGCUCAUCAUUGAGAGCGGAAGGCAAGCAACGCAGGUUUUCUGCGGUUCCGAAGACCAUGAAGGCCACCGCUAACCUUCACCUGGGUGAAUCGCCACUGAAGCGGAGCGUCUCGAGACGGGUGCGGAGCUCGGUAUCGCUGGAAUCUUCCGCGCAGACCUCUAGGCCAACGGAGGAAUCUGUGCCAUCUCCCACGUCUUCUGUGAAGACGCUCGCGUCGGACUCACCGAGCGUUCUGCACUCGCGCGAACCCUCAGUUGCGGUUUCGGAGGAGGAGGAUUUGUGCUGCAUCUGCCUGGAGAGCUACAGCGAUGAUAACCCUAUGUUCCACGGCGCGUGCCAGCACCAUUUUCAUCUUCCCUGCCUUAUGGAAUGGAAGCAGCGCAGCAGCUUGUGCCCAAUGUGCUGCGCCGCAACACUCAAAGGUGUAGGCGAAUUUGAGGUGGCGCAUCAUAGCUCAGCCGCAGAUUCAGCUGGAAUGGCGCGACAGCAAGCUACCACGAUGCGCGAUGCCCAAGUCGCACGCAGUCUGCAGCACAAGUAUCUUCGGGCAGCGCAGCGUCGUGGCCACGGAGACCCGCGCUUUCCUCCCUCCGCACAGCCAUCGCGUGUGCUGAACAGUGGCUCACCAAGGGACUUGCCUAGUCGCGUGCCGCCCCACAACGCCGAGGCUGGGAGGUACCUUUCCAGCACAUUGCGGUCCGACAAUAGCUUCAACUCACAGCGGCCAAGCAACGUUGUACACGUUCCAUUGUCGCGUUCUUCCCUAGGACCGGUUGAAGAGCAGCAGCAGCGUGGUGCGGAGAACGCGUUCCCGUCGUCAAUUCCGCCACCAGUGCAUCCAAGCCUUCAGAAUGCUCGGCGUUCGCGCAGUAAGUUACCGGUGGCGUGUGCUGUCAUGUAG